GUUCUUUUUGUCACCCAAAGGCUAGCCAAGCUCUUCUCAACCACCGUCCACCACCGACUUGCCGGUGUCGGCGCCGUCGUGACUCAGCCAUGAAUCUUUCCGGUAAUCGGAGAAUUUUUUUUUUCUAGCUGGUGAGCUAGGCAAUAUGAUAUCCGGAGACCCAUAUCGGCCAAGCUCCUACGGAUGAAUCGGCUCAUAAACCCUUGCAAAUUUGAAUUGCGUUUCUCUACUCAAAAGAAUCGAUGGAGAAGUCAGAAUUAGGAACCCUAAAACCCUGCUUAAACCCUACCUUCAAUUUUCCUCCUCCUCGUCGGCGGCCACUCCAAAGCCAAACCUACCGUACGUUCGUCAGAAUAUUGUCUCAUUGCAAUGCACUUCAAUCUUCCUCCAAGUCACAAGGUGAAGAUGGUAGUGAAAGUGGCAAAUUGGGAGAGGCGGGCAAGGGCGUGGUCCAUGAGAGUUCUAUGGAGGUGGAGAACUCAUUAGUCCAACAAAUGCCUCCUGUUAACGGGGCUAAAGAUAUUAAUUUGGGAGAAGUAGGUAAGCACAUAGUCAAUGAUAGUUCUAUGGAGAAAGAGGGUUCAUUAAUCCAACAAAUGUCACCUAUAAAUGGGGCUAAAGAUGCAUUGACGGAUGUAGGAAAUCUUAUGUUACUGCAAGGGACUAGGGAACUUACAUUAGGUGAUAUUGUAAACCCUUCAAACUCGUCCAUGUUGAGCAACCUGUCUACUGUUGUGGAAAACCACAAGAAAUUAAGUCCUAGAAUAGAGCAGAAUGUACCUAAUGAGGUUUAUGAGGCUGCAAAUCAACCUACUAGGUUGGAGGAAAUUACUGAUAUGCCAAGCAAGUUAAGUCCCAGAAGAGAGCAGAAUGAAAUUUGUAGACCCUUGGGGAAUGAAGUUUAUGAGGCUGCCUCCCAACUGGCCGAUCUGCCAGAACCUGUCGGAAGCCUUAAUGAAGAGAACCCUGUUAUUGAGAGUAAUUUCCCUGAUGAAUUCGAGCACCAAUUGCAGCUUAAACAGAGCACACUUGAGGAAUUAAUAUCUGCUUCUGGCGACUUGGACAUAUCUGUUUAUGAGUUUGAUGAUGAACACAUUGAAGAGGGAGAAAUUCCAGAAGGAAACGGAGUUGAUGAUGAGGCAAUUGCUAUGCUAUUUGAAGAUGAUAUAUCUUUAGAGGAGAAGUUAGAUGAAGUUGGAGUAAGAGAACUAGUAAAUGACAAUGAUGGAGACAGAGGAAUUGGGAAAGACAAUAUCAAGAGUUCUCCAUUGUUGGGGAAAGUUGAAGAUGGCAAGGAUGUCAUGAGAACAACUACCAGAGAAGAACAGAAUGCUAAUCCUAAAUGUUCUCGAGAGAAUGUCUCACUAAACCAUGCCAAUGGGUAUGAUUACAAUAUGGAGACUGGUUGGUUCACAAAGCAAGUCAGUGUAGUCGAAAUGUCAAAUAAUCUGGAAAUCUCUUCACAGAAUGUUGCUCGACGUAGACAAAUAACCUAUGAAGAUAUUUCUGAAAACAAAGGUUCAGCAACUGCUCCAAUGGAAGUUAGUGGUGUCAAGAAGAGGAAGAAGGGUCCUUUGACCGAAGAAAGAAAAGCAAAGAAAAAGAUGAAAUAUAGAAUCAAUCGAGCAGAAAAAAAUAGAAAGCUUGGCGUUAGAAGGCUUAAGCUGCAACCAGUUUUGAAACCAAAAAAAGUAGUUUACUGCAGGCACUUUCUGCGGGGAAGAUGUCAGGAGGGUGAGAAGUGUAAAUUUUCCCAUGACACAACGCCCGAAACAAAAUCUACGCCAUGCUCCUUCUUUGCUCGAGGUACUUGUAUGAAAGGUGAUGAUUGCCCCUAUGAUCAUCAACUCUCCAAAUAUCCUUGCAACAACAUUGCAACCACAGGCUUCUGCAGCAGAGGAGCUGAUUGUUUGUUUAACCAUGAGGUCUCUAGCACGAUUCAAGUGAAUAAGGAUGGCAUCACUGAUCAGCGAAUUGAUGCAAAGUUACCCACAAAAGAUAUUUCUGUUGGAAAAAAAUCUGGGUAUCAAGUGCAUAAGAAUCUAGAACGAUCUGUUGCCCAUGUCCCGAAAGGCAUGCCCUUCUUUUCUCAGGUGAUAUCGCCAACAGGUAAUAUCCGUAAUCGCGAAGGAGAUCCUCUAUGUCUUAAGCCAGAUGAUCAUGUGAAAACCAGCAAUAAAAUGGCUAGUAAUCUCUCAAGCAGCAAGAAGAAGUCAAAUGAGAUACUGAAUAGUGUUCCAGUGAAACCACAAGGAAUCAACUUUCUGUCACUUGGCAAAAGUCCUAUGGAUGACUUUGCCAAUAUGAGAAUGGGAGCCUGUGGAUCAUUGUCAGGUCUGUUAACGAAGAAUGGGUUUGUGGGUUCCUCUCCAAGUAGUGAUGGUGAUGUCAAAACUGAUAAUCAAGCCGCCAUAGGUAGUAGUUCAGAAUCAGCGUCAGCAGUAAAUAAAAUGGCAAUGGAAGUUCCACCUAGUUCUACACCAGAGGGCAUCAAGUUUCUCUCAGUCGGAAGUGUUGCAGUAAAUACUGUGAAUAGCACUGUCAAUCAAUCAAGCAAUAGUUCCAACAAUGUGAACAGUGGUCAGGCACACAUUCAAGGGAAGCAAAACUCUGUUGAAGCACUUAAUUUUGUAAGCAGAACUGCCAAUGUCUCAUCUUCAUCGUUUCAUCCUCCAUGGCAGUCUUUGAAUCAUGGUGCUGGGAUUUUUGGGGGAGGAAACUCCAGCAGCUCUUCCAAGCCCUCACUUCUCUCGGGCACACCAAAAUCCGUACAAAGUCCCGUUCAGUAUGCCUUAGAUUUUGCUGGUAAAAUUGAAUCUGAAAGAAAGGUCAACCGACCAGCAGGUAAUCCUUUUAGCUUGAGCCGAAAAUGAUUAGAUCGAUAUUCAAUUGGCGGAUUUGGUGAGAAACAGGAAGUCUGCCUUACUUGUCAGUUGAUAGCCAGUCUGGAACAAUGAUCUCGACGAUACCCGAGUCCAGUAUGUGUUUGUGCUGUAUUCUUACUUUUACACACCACAGAUUGACCAAUGUAAAUAUCAAAUUUUGGUCCCUCUUUCUUAUGCUCAUAUUUAGUAGUAAAACUUUUUAUUUUCACUUACAUAAUGAACUUUCAUUAUAAUCAAGCUAAAUUUUGUGUUGUCGCAUGGAGCUAGGUAAGUGUUUCUUAACCCUUGCAGAGAAGAGUUCAUUCCAAGUCAAAUAGUGAGUAAUAGCCCCUUUGCGUGAUAGGUAUGCAUUCUUUUGGUUUACCAAUCACCACAUACUAUAGCUGAAUUAUUAAUAGAUAUUAAUGUUUAGUGAGAGCUUUUCCUUGACCCUGGAUAUUAUUUCGGCCAAUGGAAGACCCCCUGCAGAUUAUUGCUUUGUUUCACCUUUCACCCCCUCAGUGUUGGUAUUCUUGGAUUCUUCCUGAUAAUGACAGUCAUGACAUUAGCUUUUACAGUUUAUUUGCUAUGGAGGCUAGAUUUGAUUGUUUUUUAGUUUUUACUUAGUUAAUGUCCUCACGGAGAAGAUGUAUUAUCUUGUAAAUUUUAGCUAGUUUCAUAGUCGGAUGUAAUUGCAGCCUGCAGGAAUGAUUUCUACUGUUUUCUGAUCACACUUCUUUUAGAGGAAUCUCCUUUUUGCAGAGGUGUGAGCAUAAAGGCUAAAAAUCAAAUAAGUAUGGCCAUAGGCCCGCAAGGCAAUCUGAAGCAUACGUGAUUAGAUUCUGUACGAACAAAAUCAUGGAAUCUACAAAUUCUUUUCCCUCAAAGUAGAGAUCACCCAGAGAAGUGAGCUUUGAUUUGGUUUGGUAUUUGAAAAAUGCAUGAUACAGUGGCGGAACCAGCUUUUGACAAUUGAGGGACUGAGUGUGCAUUAGACUGGCACUGAAGAUAUAAUUUUUUUCACUGGUUUAGCUAGAAAUAAGUAAAUAUUCAAUGUAAACUAUACUAAUAGUAUCUUAAAAUAUUUCUUCUCAUAAUUAAAAUUCAUAAUUAACUCCG